AUGACACUGUUGGACGGGCAUCUAGAGCAGCUAUCGCUGUGUGCGGUUUCUAUCGCUGAACUUCCUUUCCCUCCACCAAAGAUCUUCGCAAAUGCGCUCCUGAAACCCCACGAUAUCACCGCGUUGAUUCGCGAUACCGAGACCCAUGAACAGGCGCUAUUUACAGUCAGCCAGCCCCCUCCGCAGCCGAAAGCGUUCGAUCCCUCUGCCACCUCCAGGCGGAGAACUACGGUUUAUAGCACGGCCGCCUUGAACCAUGCGGCAGACGUGUCCCGACCGCCCCGGAGGAAUACUGCCGUGGCUGCGGUCCUCGGAGGGGAUCUCGUCCAGCGGAUCCGCGACGGCGGUGGAGGCCGAGUUGGCAGCGGCGUAGGAUACCGCAAUUAUGACCACAAGGGUGAAGUCGACGUAGACUAUGUCUCCCAUGUCCGUGAAUCCAAGGAAGAGACUGACCAUGCUAGCCCCAUUCCCGGUGCGUUGGAGAAGAUCGGACAGCUUCGGCAACGUCAUCACCGUCUAGCGCACUCCAUUGCAGAAUUAGAAGAGCAGGUUACCGAACAAUCGGAACAACUGAGGAAACUGAACCGAUCGCGUGGUCCUUCGGGAUUAUCCGACGAAGAGGAUGACGAAGACGAAGACUUCACUACACAGCCGGAGGCAACGGUAACGGUAGAUACAUUCCCUAUCAGGCAUGAAGACAUGCGUCAAGACGAGGAAGAUAUCACGGAGCUGGAAAGGAAGAAGCGAGCUCUCGAAGAAAGGGUCAGCGCCCUUGGAAAGGAUAUCACUGGAGUUCUCGGAUGA